AAGAAGUUGGGAUUCUUAUUUCAUCAUCAGCAAAGAAGUUCCGCUUUUGACCGAAGUGUAUUUUGAUUGAAGAUUGAGGACUCAGGAUCUGUGUAAUACUUUUUAACCCUUUAAUCUUUGCAGUUUAGCUUCUCACCCAGGAACGUCUCAGUUUAGUAACGGUGACCACAGAGGCAGGGGUGGUGAGUUUGGAGCAUGACAGACACCCUUCGACCACCGUCCCUCCAGGUGCACGUCCCGCGGGACGAGCCCAGCCAUGGAGAGGAGGAAGGGGGCAGUGGAGGUGGUCAGGACAGCCUUGUCUGGUCCAGCUCGUCCACCCCCACCCUGCGGCGCCGUCGUUUUAAGAUGAGACGAAUGAAAAAGUUGCCCAGCGAGCGGGAGCGUCUUGAGAAUGGGCUUCUGUGGCAUCCUGGAUCACGCUCAGCAUCUAAAGAGUACCUACAGCUGCCUUCCAUCGAAAUUACACCGUCCAGUGACGAGGACGCAGCCUGGUCUAACAGCUCCACCCCGAGUGCCUCACCCCGGCGCAAACGAUUCCUGCUUCGAAAGUGGCUUAAGGUGCGAGAGAGGAAGGAACAAGGCAGUGAGAGCAGCAGUCAGCAAAGUAGCCAGCAGAGCAGCCAACAGAGCAGCCAUGAUGACGAUUCCAGCCGCUUCCUGACUCCCUUCAUCCGAGAGGACAGGGCUGACAGUGGGCCAGACAAGUGCAGCACUGCCAGUAACUCCAACCGCAGCUCUCCUGCCUGCUCUCCGGUUCUGCGGAAGCGCUGUCGAUCUCCCAUUCUGCAGAGCGCGGAGACGGACACCAUGGUGGAGAAAGGCUCAGAGCAGUCGGACGCCUCCAAAUCUCCCUCCACACCGGAGCAGCUGGUCACUCGCACCUUUUCCGGCCAGUCCACACGCAGCGGCGGCAAGAACUCAAAGAAAAGCCAGAGCUGGUAUAACCAUGAGAGGCAGCACAUUCUCAGAGUCCUCAGUCCCACAUAUAAGCAGCGUAAUGAAGACUUCCGGAAGCUCUUCAAGCAGCUGCCAGACACUGAGCGUCUCAUUGUGGACUACUCGUGUGCUCUCCAGCGGGACAUCCUCCUGCAGGGCCGUCUCUACCUCUCUGAAAACUGGAUCUGUUUCUACAGCAACAUCUUCCGCUGGGAGACUCUGCUCACAGUACGGCUGAAAGACAUCUGCUCCAUGACGAAAGAGAAGACAGCGCGUCUCAUUCCCAAUGCCAUCCAGGUCUGCACAGACACUGAGAAGCACUUUUUUACAUCGUUUGGUGCGAGAGACAGGACUUACAUGAUGAUGUUCAGACUUUGGCAGAACGCACUGCUGGAAAAGCCUCUCUGUCCUAAAGAGCUCUGGCACUUUGUACAUCAGUGUUACGGUAAUGAGCUCGGCCUCACCAGCGAUGAUGAAGAUUAUGUGCCGCCUGAUGAUGAUUUCAACACCAUGGGCUACUGUGAGGAGAUCCCAGCAGAGGAGAACGAGGUCAGUAAUGAUAACUCAUCCAAAAGCAGCAGCGAGAACAAGCCGGACAACAACAGCUCACCGCUAACACACAAGAGAUCCAUCACUCACUCCACUAUCACCUCCACCACUCCACCCAGCAGCACCGAUACGCCGCUGUCUUUUGACAUCUCUGCUGAGGAGUACACUGACUGUCUUCCUGAUGGAGAUCUGCUACCGCUGCCUCUGCUGGCCGAGGAGAGGAACAGCGAGCCGGCUAGUCCUGUGGGCUCCGUCCCGCCACCAGCACUCGACUUCAACGACAAUGAAGACAUUCCAACAGAACUCAGCGACUCCUCAGAGACACACGAUGAAGGCGAUGAAGUUCAAGCAUUCCAUGAGGAUCUGAACGGCCGUCAGUACAUUAAUGAGAUUUAUAAAUUCAGUGUUGAUAAGCUGUACAGCGUCCUCUUUACUGAGUCCCAGUUCAUGACUGACUUUAUGGAGCAGAGGAGAUUCACAGAUGUGGUUUAUCAUCCUUGGAAAAAGGAGGGAGCUGGGAAUCAGACGAGGGACAUCAUGUACACAAUUUCCCUAACCAACCCACUGGCCCCUAAAACCGCUGCUGUUACAGAGACUCAGACGCUGUAUAAAGCCAGCCAGGAGAACGAGUGCUACAUCAUUGACGCAGAAGUCAUCACUCAUGACGUGCCGUACCAUGACUACUUCUACACCUUAAACCGCUACAUGCUAACACGUGUGGCUAAGAACAAGUGUCGACUGAGGGUUUCUACAGAGCUGAGGUACAGGAAGCAGCCGUGGGGAUUAGUGAAGGGCUUUAUUGAGAAGAACUUCUGGAGUGGGCUUGAUGAGAACUUUAAAAGCCUUGAGCUGGAGUUAGCCAAGAUGGAGGACGCCGUGAUGGAAAGCCACAGACUGUCUCCUAAAUCUAAAGCAUUGAAGAACUCCACCCUGAGGCGGAGAAAAAGACCCCUCGCUCACCUCCGCACAGGCCAACUAGAUGAGACCCUCAGUCCUCUUACCACGCCAACAGACGAGGAGGUCAUCCACCGCAUCAAACACGUGGCAGGUUCCACUCAGACGAGACACAUUCCUGAGCACACAACAGGGAGCGGGAUUUUCUGCAACCUCUCUAAACCAUUACUCAUCAUCAGCUUUGUUCUGGUGCUUCUGGUGUUUCUGAAUGUGAUGCUGUUUUAUAAACUCUGGAUGCUGGAGUAUUCUGCACAGAGCCUCACCAGCUGGCAGGGCUUACGCUUACAUGAGAGCAGUAAACUGCCGCAGACACAGAUGGAAUGGGCACAACUCUUGGAGUCCCAGCAGCGGUACCACGACGCUGAGCUGCAGAAAUGGAGAGAGAUCAUCAAAUCCUCAGUUUUGUUAUUGGAUCAGAUGAAGGACUCCUUACUGAGCCUACAGAAGGGUGUGGGUCUGCGAGAUUACAACACCGACUCGGACCAGAAAAGGAGUCGAUAUUACUGACACUUACCCUCCAGGCCACCAGGGCGUGCUGUGCAAUGUAGAGCCACGUAUGUGAAUGAAAGGCGAAAAAGGGCCCAAAUAUGCGUGUUUGACUAUGCAUACCAAACAAAAAGAGAUAUUGGAUGGAGACGCAUCAGAAACUGCCAUCGGCCGAUCCAAGUGGACAGUCAACACAGCCAUGGGACGGCUUUCCUUCAGGUUGUUACUGUAUGGGAAUGAAACGGAUCGUGCUGGGAAAACGAAGAGCAUGCUUUCUAUUUUUUGACCCCUGCUUUCUUUUGAAGUGUGUUUUAUUGGUACAAGGAAUGAGGGAAAUGAUUGUUUUAGCUUGCUUUGAGAGAGCUGCCCUGUCCCUUUUCCCAUUUGUGAGAGGUUUUCCACAAUCAAAUCAAUCAUGCUGUAAAUUCAAGGCUGGUUUCCUUGAAAAUUCUGCGCUAGAUGAUUUUAUUCAGUUCGGCAAGACCUUAAGUUUCUGUGAAGCGUUGACCACUAUGCCAAUGUGUGUUUUUUUUUUUGCA